AUGCAUCGCGUACGCGCAUGGGCGCACUCUUCUGCCCAUAAGAACAAAUUCAACCCUUGGUCGCAGGACCUUGAGCAUGACGCGGCUUCGAAAGAUGGUCAAGCACAGAUUGCUGAUGAAGAAAAGCGCGACGAGCGCAAAGAAUCCCUCGCCUCUCGAUUCUUGGCCAACGCAAAGACCGCACUCUUCCAUAGCUGGGUGAAUGUCUUGCUCAUUUUUGUUCCGGUUGGCAUUGCAGUCCACUUUGCCAACGUUAAUCCCAAUGUUGUCUUCGCUCUUAAUGCCGUCGCCGUCAUACCUCUAGCAGGUCUCCUUACCUUCGCCACAGAAUCUGUUGCCCAUAGGCUUGGUCCAACUCUUGGUGCCCUAAUGAAUGUCUCUAUUAUUGCACUUGUGAAAAACGAGAUACGCAUCGUUCAAGCAGCUUUGAUUGGAUCACUGCUCGCAAACCUGCUACUCAUCCUGGGCAUGGCCUUCCUGAUAGGAGGUCUUGAAUAUCAGGAGCAAAUCUACGACAGCACAGUUACACAGAUGUCCGCUGCUCUGUUGGCCCUGGCUGUGCUCAGUCUUCUCAUUCCCACCACGUUCCAUGCUUCCUUCAACGAUCUAGACCUUGCAGACCGACAAGUUCUCAAACUUAGCCGAGGGACUUCCGUCAUUCUCCUCCUCAUCUAUUUCCUGUAUCUGCUUUUUCAGCUCAAGUCCCAUGCAUAUUUGUACGUUGGCACGCCGCAACACCGUAUAGAUGAACAGUCCGCGCCUGGAAUUCUCGCUCGUUUCGACUCUACCAGUUCUUCUUCGGCAACCUCGUCUCGAGCUUCAACCUCAAGUACAGGAUCCCGUCGCCGAGUUCGAAAGGGCAUCCGAGCAAAACUAGGACGAAAACGAGAGGAAAGGACGGAAGAGACGAUCGAAGCUGAAGGAGGCCCACUGACAGAAGAGCCUGAAACACUGAGUAACGCUCAAGGAAAGAGACCUCAACCGAACAGUACGUCAGCGAAGCAUCAGAACCUGGAAGGAGAAAACCCCUCUCCUCAGUCAGGUGUAGGUACCAAGUCGAAGAAGCCGAAUCCUGCACCCCGGGGAAUCUCCUUUCGCACGCCUCCUGUUUUCCGAUCGACGACCCUGCCUCCCGGAAGCGACUCGAACAGAACCUUCCCAGCUCAUCCGCUACGGCUUUCCCGCUCGGAUCCGGGUGAUAGCCAGCCUGGCUCUACAGCUGCUUCACAUACUAGGAGAACAGACUCACCCAAGAUUCCUGCACAGGGGGAAGCAGGCGAGGCGCCUAUGAGCCAAUCCGCGUCUAUUGUUCUCCUCCUGAUCUCCACAGGGUUGGUUGCGUUGUGCGCAGAGUUUCUGGUUGGAAGUAUUGAGCAUUUGGUUGAAAACACGCCCAUUUCGGAGGCCUUUAUCGGUCUCAUCAUCCUCCCAAUCGUGGGAAAUGCCGCCGAACAUGUGACUGCAGUCACCGUCGCAGCAAAAAACAAACUUGAUCUCGCACUCGGAGUUGCGUUGGGGAGCUCCAUACAGAUCGCCCUGUUUGUGACACCAUUCGUUGUCAUUUUGGGAUGGAUCCUCGACAAAAAUAUGUCCCUUUACUUCAGUCUCUUUGAGACUGGAUCUCUAUUCGUGGCGACCUUCAUCGUCAAUUUCUUGGUACUCGAUGGUCGGAGUAAUUACCUUGAGGGAGCUCUUCUUUGCGCAUGUUACAUUAUUGUUGCGUAA